AUGUCUGGCCAGACCUUCUUGACUUCCUGGAUUCAGGCCCAGAAACUGAGGGCUCCCCAGAUGAAAAAUGCCUCCACUUUUGAACGGAAUCUUGAAGAGGCUCUGGACCUCCGCAGAGCGAACCACGGUCUUUUUGCCCCUGGCGUCAUCAAUGGCUGGAAGACAGGUCAGGGGGUCGACUUCUGCUCCAACGACAUUCUCCACCUCGGUGUCACUGGGCAAAUUCGAGAGGAGUUCGAAGCAGAGCUAGCAAGAAACCCGGGCUACAGUCUCCAUGCGGGAGGUGCCCGAUUGCUUGACGGCAACUAUGAAUACAUUCAACAAGUCGAGCAAGAAAUCGCAGAUUUCCAUGGAGCAGAGACUGCCCUGAUUGUUAGUGGUGGCUACGAUGCCAACGGAACCAUAUUCGGAGCUCUUCCUAGGCCGGGGGAUGCCAUUAUCUACGACGAGCUCGUCCAUGCCAGCACACAUGAUGGAAUGGUGCACAGCGUGGCUCCCUGCAAGCAGUCAUUUCGUCAUAAUGACUGUGAUUCGUUUCGAGAGACUCUCACGUCUAUCAUUGACUCGCAACCAAUGAUUCGAGACGGUUCGAGAUGUGUUCUCGUAGCUGUGGAGUCAGUCUAUAGCAUGGACGGUGACGUGUGCCCCCUUCGAGAGCUUGUGGACAUUGGCAAAGAGUUAUGUCCCAAAGGAAACAUUGAGUUCAUUGUUGAUGAGGCCCAUGGCACUGGGAUUAUCGGUCCAAAAGGCGCUGGCCUUGUCAAGGCCCUCGGAAUGGAGAAGGAGAUUUCUGUCCGACUCCAUACUUGUGGCAAAGCCCUGGCCUCUAUCGGCGCGGUCAUCCUUGGGAGUGCCACCGUGCGCUCCGUCCUUCUCAACUAUGCCAGACCUAUUGUCUUCACUACAGCACCCAGUUUCCCUAUGGUAGCCUCCAUGAGAGCUGGAUACAACCUUUUGCGUUCGGGCGCAACUGAAAAGGCCCAAGCCAAUAUCAAGCAUCUCGUGAAGCGCUUUAUUGGGAUUAUGAGGGCAGACGAAACCUUCCAGAAGGCGUUUGAGAUGGGCAUUAUAUGGAUCCCACUCGCCGAGGACAUCGAGGACCGCGAUUUCCUUUGCCAUAUUGUUCCUAUUCACCUGCGUCAAAAAUACUGCUACUGGCUCACUUUCCAUCUGCAGUUGGCUGGGUACUGUAUUUUCCCCAUCGACUAUCCCAUCGUCCCCAAGGGAAAGAGCCGACUUCGGCUCAUCGUGCAUGGAACCAACACGGAAGCGCAUAUUGACGGCCUUGCCAAAGCUAUUUGUGAUUUUUCUCGUGAAAUGAUUGAAAUUGAGACCUCGGCAGAUAGCAGCUCCAAGUUGCCCAAGUCCGCUCAACAUAUAUACGCCCAGAUGGCAGAGGCUCGCGCUUAA